AUGAGCUUCACAGAUCUGCUGCGUCGGGGCGAUGGCUCGGUGGAUAGAUCGGUGCAACAGUGGAACACAGCGACACAGUCACUCUGUAUUGCUGCGAUGACGAUUUUUUUUGGCCUCCGGGUAUACACUCGGUUGUUCAUUCUCAAUGGUUUUAGGAGAGAGGACUGGACAUGUCUAGGAGCAUGGAUACUAGGUGUUGGUUACUCUAUUGUCUCCCUUAUCAUGGGUAGCUAUGGAGGUGGUAUGCACAAGCCCGACGUGCCAGAAGAGAACCUCAUCCCAUUCCAAAAGACCGUCUACGUGACCAUGGUCAUGUACGGCCCAACAGCCUAUCUCACCAAGCUCUCCCUCCUCUGGAUCAUGACCCGUGUCUUCAGUCCCUACCGCAAAGCCGUCAUCUUCAUCUACAUCUUCCUGGGCGUCAUGUUGGCAUACUAUAUCCCUGCCGUUAUUGUCAAGAUUUGCAUCUGCAAGCCCAUCUCCACGUUCUGGAGCCCUGACAACGGUGGCACCUGUCUGGAUCAAACGGCUAUCAUCCUGGCUGAUGCUGUCGUCAGUGUAGUCAGCGAUCUAAUCGUACUUAUUCUUCCCCUUCCGCUGACGCUCAGUCUGCAAAUGCCCACAGAUCGAAAGAUGCGAGUGAUGGGCAUGCUGGGUGCUGGCGGAUUAGCAGUUGCUUGCAGUAUCGUCCGCCUUGCUUUGAUCGAGAUCAUCGGGCAGUCCCCCGACGUGACCAUGUCUUUCCUUCGGAUCAGUAUGUUUGGUAACGCCGAAAUCGCGAUCGGAGUCAUCUGCGCCUGCCUUCCCGCCCUCUCUGCCCUCGUCACGACAAUCCACCGCGAAUACUCCAGCAACAAGACCACAUACCCUUCGAACUACGAAAUGAGCAAGGGCUACGGCCAGAGUCGCACCGAGCGUAGCAGACACGGCUUGGCUACGCUGACGGACGACGAGGACGUCUUGAUGUACAAUGCGCAGGGGAACCCGAGAAUCGAGACGUCGGUCAUGGGCGAUGCCGACAGACAGGGCUCACCUCAGAGUGAUCAGAUGGGAAUCAUGAAGACGGUCGAUAUGUCUACGUCAGUGACAACAGAUAAUCGAUAG